AUGGCUAGUCGAUCAUUUUCGCAUUUUGUUGAGGAAGCAUUGGGGAAAUUCCCACACUUGGUGAUCUAUAUUUUUCUUGAAUGGGUGCUAAUAUUCAUACUCUUCCUUGAUGGGUUUCUAGCAUUCAUUGCCAAUGAGUAUGCAAGAUUUUUUGAAUUGAAAAUCCCUUGUUGGUUAUGCACAAGGUUCGAUCACGCAAUGGUUCAUAGAAAUCCUGAUUUUUAUUACAACGAGUCGGUGUGUGAGGCUCACAAGAAAGAUAUGUCGUCUCUUGCAUUUUGCCAUAAUCACAAGAAACUCUCUGACAUAAGGAAAAUGUGUGAAGGUUGUUUGCUUUCAUUCGCAACGGAGAAGGAAUCGGAUUGUGAUACCUAUAAAUCACUUGUAGGGAUUUUGCAUAAGGAUUUGGAAUGCUUUGUUGAGGAUGGACAACCUAUUCAGUUGAGUUUGAAAGAUGAUGAUGGCUUAAUGAUGCAGCUUGAUAGAAAUAGUACUCAGAAAUGUUCUUGUUGUGGAAAACCAUUGAAAGUUAAGUCUUCUUCUCCCUAUAUUGCCAAAGCGAGACACUCGGAAGCACGAGCCCCGACUCCUUCACCACGAGCUUUCCCAUUUUCAUCAUCAAAAAACGAUCAUCCUCAUUCUCUUGAUUUGCCUCACAUUGGGUAUACACCACUCAAGUUUAUGUCACCAAAUGACUCUGAGCAUCUAGAGGAGGAUGAUGGCCACCAUAAUGUCAAAAGUGACAAAUUCACCCCGACAUUUACAAGAGGCAAUAAGUUCUUUGGAAUCCCACUCUCAGAUUCAACAAACAACAGUCCCAGAUGGUCUUACAGGUUUAACAAGAAAUCACCAUUAGAAAAGACAGAAUUUGCCUCUGACUCGCACGAGGUAAUGAAUUCUGUUCAAAAUGAUUUCGAUGAUGCCAUUGUAAACAAUUUGAAGAGACAAGUUCGUUUGGACCGGAAAUCACUCAUGGCUUUGUACAUGGAUUUGGACGAAGAAAGAAGUGCUUCAGCUGUCGCUGCAAACAACGCAAUGGCAAUGAUCACACGGUUACAGGCUGAGAAAGCAGCAGUGCAGAUGGAAGCUUUGCAGUAUCAAAGAAUGAUGGAAGAACAGGCCGAGUACGAUGAGGAAGCAUUAGAGGCAACUAAUGACAUGCUUAUCAAAAGAGAGGAAGAGAUUAGAGCUUUAGAAGCUGAAUUGGAUUUUUAUAGAAACAAAUAUGGAACUUUAAUAGAAGAAAGUGGUGGUGGUAAUACUCCUUCAUACAGACUCAAUGAAGCAAGAGGAGAGGAUUUUAAAGAUAUUAAAGCAGAUAAAACAUAUUUGCUUGGUCGCAUGAAGAAGAUAGAAAAUAGAUCACCCUUUUCAGAAACUGGAUCUUACUCCUUACACUCUGACUCUGACAGUGUUAAUAAUAUAGACAGUGAGACAGGUAAUUAACUAAA